AUGGGAGGGGCGAUAAGGGGGGAGGCGAAAGCCUGGCGAUUCCCCCUGAUUAAGUAUCCUAAUGUGUUAUCUAGAAAUAAGGCACACUAUUUAAAUAUUAAAAUACAGGCCGACAUAUUCUGUCGAGAUAGAUGCGCAGAAUUAGUGAGCAUCCACAGCCAACAGGAACAAGAUUUUGUUACUAGAAUCGCCGGCCCUUUGUUGACCAAAUGCCAAUUUACUGAUGCCUGUUCAGAACGCAUGGAGCACACCAACAAAUCCGCAGCUAACUUUGACAGAAUGCUACGAGGAUUUUGGAUUGGAAUGAACCGUGUUUGGGGCACCCUACUCAAUCAUGAUACGAUAGACACAAAUGUAACUUGUAUUUGGUCUGAUCGUUCAAAUUGUAACUAUGGAGCCGUCGCUACUGGUUCGGUGACCCCGGAUACGGUGAUUCCGCCUUGGGCCAGAGGAAAUCCGAAUGGAGCUAAUCCAGGUAUUUUUAAUUAA